AUGUUUGGGUAUUACAUACUGCCAUUCCACAAAGACUACAACGAUUCAUCCAGCUGUCACACUCCAGUUUCAUCAAACCCAACAUCAAGAAACAACUCUGCUGAUGAUCUGGACUAUGUUGCAAAACAAUAUGUGGAUGACAAACUGGUGAUCAAAGAGACGAAUGAUCUGACAAGUGACAAGCACAAGAAGUGGAUUGAGACAAUUGAAGAUUUGGAAGUUAUCCGCAGAACAAGGCAAAAGAGAUGGACUGACAAUCGACAAACAGUCGAAUCCAACAAGCUCCACAAGACAACAUGUCUCAUUUGGUGUAUUGCUGGUGGUGUAGAAUCUGACGAUGAAUGUUGUCCAUAUGAUGAUGAUGGCUGUACUCCUGUCGAUUACCAGAAUUCCAGUAAUGAUGUUGUUGCUACCAAUGAUCGUGGAACUGAUAGUGCAGUCUUUUUACACUGUGCACUUGUUGUGAUUGUUUCUAUUUAUUGUUCUGGAAUUGUGUUUUUGCUUUCUUUACCCUUUUUUUACUCUCCUUCUCCUUCUCGAGAUCGGAGUUUAAUGAAUAGUAUUAUCUUCUUUUCAUGUAGCGGUUCAAGAGUAUAUUCCAUUAACUCGGUAAUUUCACGCUUGUUCCGACGCUCCGUUUGGAUCAAUGGCUGUUCUCAUAUUGGUGUAUCAAAUGCACCUGGAAAAUCAAAUAGGAGUAUCCAUCUCCCGCAUAUAUUUGAUAAAUGUUGGCACAUAUCCCUUUUGAAAAGCCUUCACUUUCAAGAUUCUGACCUUGUCACCAAUUCCAAAAUAAUCACUGAAUCCAGAUGCCCUACAGUAUACAGAGUUUAUCCCUCGUAUAUGGCUUGA